AUGGCUAAAGACAAGGAACGAUCUGUCAACCCUGCACAACAGCAGCGCAAGCUGGAAAAGGCGAAACAGCUGAAAAAGAGCCGGGCAGAGCUACAAGCAAGGCGCAAUGAAAAAUUAGCCCGCCGAAAUCCCGAGCGCAUCCAGCGCCAAAUCGAUGACCUGAAGGCCCUCGAAGCGACGGGAGAUAUCAAACCUCGAGAGCGAGCCAUUCUAGAAGAUUUGGAAAGAGACCUACGUGCUGUCAAAAAGGCAAGAGAGGCUCUGGGCGACAAAGCACCAACCUUUGGAGGGCAACCACGCCGGAGGGAUGGGGAGGGCAAGAGCACUGUCUUGGGCAAGAGAAGGCAUGAUGGCGAGCGUAAACACUACCAACAUAGACAAGAGCCGUCAGGAAGUGACACAGAUGAAUCCGUCCGUCGCAUUCCCAUGCCAGAAGACACGCCGCCACCCAUCCCACGAGAGUUCAGGCGCUAUUUCCCGCGCAAGGAAGACGGUGAUAAUACUCAACAACCGACUGCCUCAAACAGACAACUACCUGUCAAAUCUGUUGCCGCGCCCAUAGAAGUGAAAACCACAUACGAAAGCGCCCCACAGAUCCGUGAUCUCCGCAAAGAAGCCGUCAACCGAUUCGUCCCAGACGUUGUACGCAAGAAACAAGAGAUUGCAAAGGGUGGGCCUACAGGUCGCUUGAUCGAGCCGGAAGAGAUGGAUCGAUUAGAAGCGGAGGGCUAUCUAGCCAGGACAAAUGAUGGCAGAACACAGACUGCCACAACUGCGACGACAGCGACAACGACAACCACUGGUGAAAUGAAUGAAGAUGAGAACGCGAGGAGGCUUGCCGAGGAGGAAGAGCGUUUUCUUCGUGAGGUGGCGAUGCAGGACCAAGAGGCCGACAGAGACGAGGCCGAGAGGGCCCCCGAGGCUACACAUGAAGAGAGACGUCCCAGAGAAACCCUGGAGUCACAGCGCAUACCACGUAGAUGCGUUGAGAUCGAAGAAGUCGAAGACGAGGAUGGGUGA